AUGAGUUCGGGCUCGGAUGAUCGCCGCUGCGACGCGCCGCCGUCGGCCACGUGCGAGGAGUCGAUUGGAGCGACGGACCGCCUUGUGACGGACGCGAUCCGGCAUGUGCUAGGCAGCUCCACACCAGGCCGCUCUGUUGGCGAUUCACCUGACUUUUCUCCUGAAGCGUGCAACGUUUUCACAACCAAAAAGGCGGUCGCAUCAGCAGCCGCAGCAACCAUUCCAAGUGGAUGUGCCUUGGGGCUGCCUACGAGAACAGCUUCUAUCGCGGAUAUCAAAGUCGUGUCGGCUCCUGCGUUGUCAGCGUCAGAAGAACGUCCACGUGGCACCUCCACAUUGGCCUUCUGGUUAAGGCAGGGGAAUGGCUCCGGCAAGGAGGAGAGGUCAGGCGGAGCAUCGUGUUCGUCGGAUGUGCCUCGGGUAGACGAUGAAUACGAGAUCCAACGGCUGAGGAAAUCGAAGCUGAAGCGCAAGGCAGGGGCGAGCACAGGGGAAGACGAGCACAGAAGCACUGAGGAGCAGCAGCAGCAGGGGCUGGCGCAGCAGCGGGUGGGGCAGCAGGGUCUGGGGCAGCAGGGGCGAGAGAAAGAGCAAGCAUGGCAGGAGGGGCUGGAGCAGGGGCGAGAGCAGGCAGGGCAGUUGGAGCAGAAUAUCGAGAGGCGUGCUGAGGAUGAGCGGCAGGAGGGUGUGCACGAGGGGCGAGAGCAGACGCACUCGCUGCGAUUGCAGGAGGAGCUUCCGACAAGUCCGAGAGAGGCCCAUACUCUGCUGGAACAGCUGGGUUCGGAGCGGCCGGAGCAGAAACAGCAGCAGCAGCAGCGGCAGCGGAAGCAGGUGCAGGCGUGUUUGGACUUUGGACAGAAGGACCUUCUUCACACCACGUGCCGUGUGUGCGGAUUCGUGUUUGCCAAGGGGCUUAAAGCGGAUGAAGCAGCACACGACGCACAUCACAGACUGUUCUGUGGCACUAUCACCAUCCAGGGAUGGAGGAACGAGCGCGUUGUGCACGCUGUUUCAGAGAGCACUAGGGACGCACGCAACGCAUGCUCCACAGGAGCAGGGGCCGCAGAGACCGCAGCAGGCAGAAUAGUGCUCAUCGCCCACGCAGACUGCACAGCAGUGCAGCUGGCAAAGAUGCAAGAAAUAGCGGCGGUAUUGGAGAGGGCAAUGGGUGUGAGCCCCACGUGGCUGCUGGGCGGCCAAUGGAAGGCGUAUCUAUACAUUCAUGGGAAGCAGCUGGUGGGGUGCCUUGUGGCCGAACCCAUUUCCCAGGCGCGCCCAGCACAGGCAUCUUCGAACCAGCCAAGUGCAAGGGUGUGUGCAAGGGUGUGUGGCUCAAGAGAAGCGCCAGAGCAACCAGCAGAGCAGCUGUUUCGUGAGGCUCCUGAAGAGGAGGAGCAAGAGGAUGAGAUGUGUGCAGCGGUGUGUGGAGUGAGAGCCAUCUGGCUGAUCACAUUCGCUUUCACCUCGCCCAUGUGCUUUCACCUCGCCCAUGUGCUUUCACCUCGCCCAUGUGCUUUCACCUCGCCCAUGUGCUUUCACCUCGCCCAUGUGCUUUCACCUCGCCCAUGUGCUUUCACCUCGCCCAUGUGCUUUCACCUCGCCCAUGUGCUUUCACCUCGCCCAUGUGCUUUCACCUCGCCCAUGUGCUUUCACCUCGCCCAUGUGCUUUCACCUCGCCCAUGUGCUUUCACCUCGCCCAUGUGCUUUCACCUCGCCCAUGUGCUUUCACCUCGCCCAUGUGCUUUCACCUCGCCCAUGUGCUCUCACCUCGCCCAUGUGUUCUCACCUCGCCCAUGUGCUUUCACCUCGCCCAUGUGCUUUCACCUCGCCCAUGUGCUCUCACCUCGCCCAUGUGCUCUCACCUCGCCCAUGUGUUCUCACCUCGCCCAUGUGCUCUCACCUCGCCCAUGUGCUCUCACCUCGCCCAUGUGCUCUCACCUCGCCCAUGUGCUUUCACCUCGCCCAUGUGCUCUCACCUCGCCCAUGCGCUCUCACUUUUCCCAUGCUCUCCAUCUCACAUUCACAAUCAUCUCCUUCGGCUAUACCUGCUCGCUCUCACCGCUUUGCCUCACCAUCUCUCACUGCCGCCUCCCCCACCCCCUUACCCCCCCCUCUCACUGCCAUGCCAUCACACCCCCCCCACCAAAGCAUCUCCUUUGCCUAUGCUUGCAUGCUCUCCCCAUCUUGCCUAACCAUCUCUCACUGCGUUCCCUUCCCCCCUCUCACUGCCUGCCAUCACAUCCCCCCCACCACAGCAUCUCCUUCGCCUAUGCAUGCACGCUCUCACCGACUCAGAUCGCAUUCUCGCAGCCAACCGAGUCAGGCAGGGCCUUUGCUGCUGCGCUCUGCCGUCCCAAGCCCUUCCUGGUGUACAAAUAA